GCAGUCUUUGGGGCAGCUACUGGAACAAACAUGGAGGCUGAAGGAGGGAAGUCUGUUUUGUUCGUGUGUCUGGGGAACAUCUGUAGGUCUCCGAUCGCCGAGGCUGUCUUUAGGAAGAUGGCUACGGAAAGCGGAGUGGUGGACAAGUGGAGGAUAGACAGCGCUGCCACCUCCACCUAUGAGAUCGGGAACCCUCCUGACUAUCGUGGUGCAGCUUGUAUGAAGAAGCACAGCGUGCCCAUGCGCCAUGUGGCGCGUCAGGUGACGAAGGAGGACUUUGUGACGUUCGAGUACAUUCUCUGCAUGGACGAUAGCAACUUGAGGGAUCUGAACAGGAAAGCGAACAGUGUAAAAAACAGCAAAGCCAAAAUCGAGCUGCUCGGUUCAUACGAUCCGGAAAAACAACUGGUUAUUAAAGACCCCUACUAUGGAAGCGAGAAAGACUUUGAGACGGUGUACGAACAGUGUGUACGGUGCUGCAGAGCCUUCCUGGAGAAAAACUCUUAACACACGCACACACACAGGCACCCAUAUAGCCAUUUUAUCCUGUCACAUGUGUGAUGAGUAUUACAGUAUGAAUAACAAAUUGCACUAAUGGGUUUUGGCCACACACACACACACACACACACACACACACACACACACACACACACAUCUGCUGUGUAAGAGAGAUGAGAGAUGUCUUAAUUGGAAGAUAAGAUUUGUUUGACCGUGGAUUCUGUACCUCUUUAUGUAAAGAGAAGUAAAAAAAAACACAAUAAACCCUAUAAGUGGACGUAAAUAA